UCGCAACCGAGUAGCUUCUUAUUUUUUUGACGAUCUCGAAGGUCGCUGAUUGGACAGCCCUGCAGCCUGCUCAAUCUUCAAUCAAGUACGCGUGACAGACCAGCAGAGUAGUAAAUCUGCGGCUUCGUUGGAUUGCAUUGCUCAAACUGCUGCUUCGUCUAAAGCUUGCUCAGUAGGUUCGACAAGCCAAGGUGCUCACAGGAUUACCGUUCGUCAACAUCAGCACCACCAGAAGUGCUUUGCAGUUCACCAGGACCUCUUCAGGACCUCAUUUAGUACUCCACUCGUGGCUUUGUGGUCGCUCUGUCACUUUCUGAAAAAAUGCGGUCGUCAACACUCAAGCUCGCCAAGAGCACAACGUGCCAGCUCUCGAAGCGCACCUAUGCUACCGGGGCCUCUGCUAGUGGCCCCAAGCAUCUCAUGUCCAUGGAUGAUGUCUCGCCCGAUGAGCUGAGCAAGCUUGUGCUCAACGCUGCGGCCAUCAAGCGUGCCGUCAAGGCUGGCGAGCCCUCGCCGGAAUUCAGCGCUGGCCUCACCGGAAAGACGGUUGCCAUGAUGUUCAGCAAGCUUAGCACCAGGACGCGUGUUUCCACGGAAGCAGCUGUUGCGAUGAUGGGUGGUCACCCUAUGUUCCUCGGCAAGAACGACAUCCAGCUCGGAGUGAGUCCUGUGCAUUCUAUAAAACACAUGUUAGACGAGAAAGCUCACCCACGAAAUCAGGUCAACGAGUCGCUGCUCGACACUUCCAAGGUCAUCUCCUCCAUGACUUCGUGCAUGGUCGCCCGUGUCGGACCGCACUCGGACGUCACAGAGCUCGCCCGGCACUCGAGUGUGCCCGUUAUCAACGCCCUUUCUGCCGACUUCCACCCUCUGCAGAUCAUUGCCGACUACCUCACAAUCCACGAGGCAUUCUCCAAAGACGCCAAGGAGCUCGUCCCCGGAGGUCUGAAGAUCGCCUGGGUCGGCGAUGCCAACAACGUGCUCUUCGACCUGGCCAUCGCGAGCGUCAAGCUGGGCGUGGACAUUGCUGUCGCCACGCCCAAGGGCUACGAGAUUCCCAAGGUCAUGGAGCAGCUGAUCCAGCAGCAGGCCGGCACGACCAAGAACCCCGGCAAGCUCAUCCAGACCAACGUGCCUGAGGAGGCCGUCAAGAAUGCCGACAUCCUCGUUACUGACACCUGGGUGUCCAUGGGCCAGGAGGAGGAAACCAAGAAGCGCCUGCAGGCGUUCUCGGGCUUUCAGAUUACGAGCGAGCUUGCCAAGAGGGGUGGCGCCAAGUCCGGCUGGAAGUUCAUGCACUGCCUCCCUCGCCAUCAGGAGGAAGUCGCUGACGAGGUGUUCUACUCUGACCGAUCCCUCGUCUUCCCCGAGGCGGAAAAUCGUCUCUGGGCCGCGGCCUCGGCAUUGCAAUCGUUUGUGGUCAACAAGGGCAAGAUUAUGUGA